AGAAAUUUUCUGUUAUGUAAGACGUGUGUAGUUUUUCUUCAUAUUAUUUAUUUAUUUUUUAUACAUUAUACAACCAAAUUGGGAUAAGUGAAAUAAAAUGUUGCAAGCGGCCGUGCCAAUACGGCAUCAUUGACGUAGCUCUAAGAGCGAUAUGGAAAACAAUGAAAGCGACAAGAAGAAGAUCAAUGAGGACCUCGUGGUGUUCAUGCGGAAGCGCAGCGAGCAUGAGGCGCCACGUUACACCGCUCGCCUUAAGACAUACGUCGACUUUCAGAGGAAACGUCGCCGAGCAGCCGCUGCACGACGCCAUUCUGAGAGUGGUCAAGUCGAUGGGAAAGUAGUUAAAAAGACCAAAGCUACCGCUGAACAUGACGCCUCGGAGAUCCAGAAGAAGUCGGAUUUGAGCACUAAGAGAGCUGCAUCAAGGCGCACUUCGGCAUCGCCAGAGUCGUCGUUGUCCUCAAGCAGGACCAUCAAGUCAAUGGCGGAUAAUGCCAAGCGUAAUCCCUCUGGUGUGCUCAACUGUGACCUAGGUGCAUCAGAGGGAGGACGCGGAAGCAAAAAACGUGAUGGCGGCGAAGAGAAAAUCUUGCGUGGACGAUCCUACUCGCCGUCGCGAUCCGACGAGGCUUCCGACAGUUGCCGACGUGAGAUGCCCAGUCUCAGUCUCGAAAGAUGCGCUAACGCCGAGAAGAUACCACCACAAUUUAAAGACCUAGUGGACUAUGUGCUUAAAUCAUUAAAUGUUAAAGUCAGUUCUUCAGCAAUUCUUAAAAUAAUCUUCUUAAUUAACUUAAAUGAUCAUCUUUUCGUAGUUUCACUACUACUACCAAUUUAUUGCACAAUAUCGACAUGCAAUUUAAAAAUAAUAUCAAAUACAUUCCUUGUCGAAUUCUUAAAUUUGUGA